CUUCACUCGCCGGUCCUCGUCCUCGGGCCGCCUCGCUGUUCGGCACCGCGUUGUAUUAACCCGCCUGCGUGGCCUGCACGACCGCCAUGUCGGUCUGCUACGACUCGAUCGGCAUCCCGGUCCCCUGCGCAGGGUGGAACGUGUACGACUCGUACGUCACCGACCCGCGGUACCAGCGCUACUUCACCAUCGCCUGGACCUCCGCUUUCGCCGUCGCCUUCAUCGUUAACGCGCCCGCCCUCGUGCGCACUCUCGCGACCGGCGACUGGCGCCGCGCCCUCGGCUCCUCGGCCGGCCUGUUCGGCGUGCACGAGGGCCACGCAAGGCGAGGCUACGUGCCCCUCGGACGCGACGACAAGAAGCGUCCCGAGCCGCACUCGAGCACGUCCGGAUUAGCCCGCCGACCGUACCUCGCCCUCGCCGCCGUCGUCCGCUCGGCGUCCCUCCUCACCCUCCCUCUCCCGGCCUUCUUCGCCCGCCUGUCGUCACGCACCACGCCGUCCUGCCACCCGACGCGCACCUACGCCCCGUUCAGCCUCGGCCGCCUCGCCGUCGCCCUCCUCAUCCCGGCCUUCCUCGUCGCGACCCUCCUCCCCGAGUCGCAACUACGCGCCAACCCGAACCGGUUCGGCUUUCUCGCCAUCGCCUGCAUCCCGCUCGUCUUUGUCCUGAGCGCCAAGAACGGGCCGGCGAGCUGGCUCCUCGGCCGAGGCUGGACGGCCGUCAACUUUCUGCACCGUUGGCUCGCGCGCGCCAUCGUCUUGCUCGUCCUCCUCCACUUCUACUUCUGGACCAUCCAGUACUCGGGCGCGGCCCAGACGGCGUUCCUCGCCGGCGAGAAGGAGCGGCGCGGCAUCGCCGCCCUCGCUUUCCUCCUCCUCCUCACCCUGUCGUCCCUCCCGCCUAUGCGCCGCUUCUCGUACCCCGUCUUCUUCACCCUGCACCACUGCGGCCUCGUCGGCUUCCUCGUCUUCCUCCACCGCCACACGGUAUACGCGCGCGCCUACUCGACCUGGCCCGUCGUCGCCAUCUACACCCUCGACGUCCUCGGCCGCCUCCUGUCGCUGCGCGUCCGCGUCGCAGAGUGCGACGCCCUUGAGGGCGGCAUGACGCGCGUCGCCCUGCCCGGCCUGCGCGCCGGCUGGCGCGGCGGGCAGCACCUCUCGGUCCGCCUCUUCUUCGUUCCGCCGCCGCUCGAGCACGCCCCGGGCACGAGCCGCACGCGCCGCCUCGUGCGCGACGCGGCGCACGCGCUGCGGUGCGCCGUCCGGCCGUUCGAGGCGCACCCGCUCAGCAUCGCGAGCGCGCCGGCCGGGCUUGCGGCCGACGAGGGCGAGCGUGGCGUCGAGCUGUACGCGAGGUCGUGCGGGCCGAGGACGUGGUCGGACGACCUGCACCGGCACGUCGCCGCGAGCUCGGCGCUCGCUGCGACGGCCAAGGCGGUCGGCCGCUCGGCGGCGUCGCCGCAGCAACAGCGCGUCGAGGCGCAGCGCUCGGCGUCGUCGGUGCGCAUGCUGUGCCUCAUCGAGGGCCCGUACGGCGGCCUGCCCGCCUAUUCGUCGCCGGUCGGCCUCCUCGAGCAGACCGAGUCGCUCGUGCUCGUCGCCGGCGGCAGCGGCAUGUCGUUCGUGCUCGGCGUCCUCGACGAGCUCGUCGGGCGGCGGCUUCGCGCCAAGGGCGGCGCGAGAGGCGGCAGGGUCGACGUCGUGUGGGUCGUGCGGCAGCGCGCGCACGUCGCGUGGUUCGCCGAGCGGCUGCGCGCCGUCCUCGCCGCCGCAGAGGGCUCGCCGCUCCGCGUCGUCCUCAAGGUCUACGUCACGUGCGACGACGCGCUCGCGACCGCCGUCGACGCCUCGGCCCCCGCGCCGUCGUCCUCCCCAUCCUCGUCCUCGAGCGCCGGCGCCGCCGCGCCUCCUCCUCCCCCUCCCCUCCUCCCCGAGCUCGCCACCCUCUCCUACUCUCGUCCCUCGCUCCGUACCCUCGUCCACGACGCCCUCGACCGCGCCCUCGCCCCCUGCGGGACCUGCUACCCGGUCUGCCGCUGCGGCGAGCUCGCCGGCGCCGGCGGCGAGUGCGCCAACGACGAGGAGGAGUGCGUCGGCGGGUGCGGAGGCGUCGCGAGCGCGAGGGAGCUGCUCGACAGGCGGGAAGGCGAGGAGGAAAAGGGCGAGGGCGGCGAGGAGAAGGAGGAGCGCAGAGGGGAGGUCGUCCCGACGCUCGCCCGCCAGGGUGGGUGCUGCGGCAGCCAGAGCGCCGCCUCGCGAGCGAGGGACGCCACCGCCGUCGACGAGAUCGUCGAGCUGCCCUCGGCCGUCCCCUCGUCGUGCUGCGGCCCCUCCUCGUCCACCUCUUUCCCGCCCGCUCGCGCCCCUCCCUCGUGCGGCUGCUGCUGCGCGCGCACGACCGGCGGCGGGUGCUGCACGGGCGUCACCGAGGGCCCGGCGUCGGCUGCCGACGUCGAUGCCGACGAGCGGGACCGCGUUGAGGGGAGGCCGCUCAGGGUUCGCACGGGCGGGAUGGGCUUUGUCGUCUGCGGGCCGGGCAAUAUGGUCGCCGAGCUUCGCAACGCUGUCGCCACCAUCCCGCUCGCCAAGCAGGCCCGCGUCGGCGGCAUCACCGUGCAUGUCGAGCAGUACAGCGUGUGA